AUGUCGGAAGCCCCCUCCGCCGCCCCAGUCACCGAGAACGGCGCUACUCCCGUCACGCAGGAAAAGCAGGAAGUCCCUGGUUUCAAGGUCUUCGCUGGAAACCUCGCGUACUCUACUACGGAAGAGGGGCUGAAGACGUUCUUUGCGCCAGUUCAGAGCGACAUUCUCUCCGUCCAAGUCAUCAUCCGCAACAGUGGACGGGAGAACGUCCCUCCUCGUUCUGCAGGCUACGGCUUUGUCGCGCUCUCCACUGCCGAGGCCGCUCAAAAGGCUGUCGAGGCUUUGGACAAGAAGGAGCUCGACGGUCGUCAAGUAAUCGUCGAGGUCGCAAAGCCAUCUGAACAGAAAGAAAAGGAGAAGAAAGAGAAGAAGGCAAAGAGAAAGCCCGGCAGGCGAGGCAGCAAAGCUGUCCCCGGCGAAGUUUCAGAAGCAGAAGCAAACGGCGACGCAACCAAGGCCGAAGCUGCUGCUGGGACCGACGAGGCGGCCAAGCCCAAGAAAAAGAAGAAGAAGGCCGCUAAAAAGCCCAAGACUGAAGCUGCUGCUGCUGCCGCCCCAACGGAGGGUGAGGCUUCUGCCACCACUGAAGCCAAGAAGACUCCCCGUCCUCGCAAGCCCAAGACUCCUCGUGUUCCCCGUCCAGCUGGUGAAGACCCGGUUGGCGAGCAAUCUAAGAGCAUGCUCUUCGUUGCUAACCUUGGAUUCAACAUCGAUGAUGCCGGCCUUUCUGCCCUCUUCACCGAUGCCGGCAUCAAAGUUGUUUCUGCCCGUAUUGUCCGCCGUCGCUGGGGCCAGCCUCGCAAGAGCAAAGGUUAUGGCUUUGUCGAUGUCGGAGGCGAGGAGGAACAGAAGAAGGCUAUUGAGGCACUUACUGGAAAAGAUGUCGGUGGUCGCGCAAUUGCCGUCAAGAUUGCAGUCAACACUCCCCGCGACGACGACGAUGAGGAGAAGCCUACUGCCCCCGCCACCGCUUAA